AUGCCCGAAUCCACACUGGAGAUGGCCAACAAAGUGGACAUGUCUUUGGAUGACAUCAUCAAGCUGAACCAUAGGCAGCAAGGAGGUCCCUGGUGGGGCCGGGGUCGCAGAGGGGCCGGCUACCAGAACCUCUGUUGCUUCAAAGUAGGCGGCGGUGGUGAGCCUAGGAGGAAGCAGCCUGCCAUGGCCCUGCGUGGCAGGAACCGGGUGGCACCAUACAGCCACCAGAAGCAACGUCGGGACAAGUGGCAGCAGGACCUAGUCCACAGGGCCUUCGUGCGUGGAGCCAGCGUGGACAGCGGUGGGAAGCUGCUUGUGUCCAACCUGGACUUUGCAGUGUCCGAUGCUGAUAUACAGGAAGUCUUUGCUUCAUCCGGAACUUUGAAGAAAGCCACUGUGCACUAUGAUCGCUCUGGACAAAGUUUGGGGACAGCAGAGGUGCACUUUAAACGGGAAGCAGAUGCCCUGAAGGCUAUGCAAGAGUACAAUGGUGUGCCUUUGGAUGGCUGCCGCAUGAAGAUCCAGCUGGUCACAUCCCAGAUCCUUAUGCAACCAAGACCUGCACAAAGCAUCAACAGAGGACGCAUGACAAGAAACCCUGGCUCGGGAGGUUCGCGUGCUGGAGUCACCAGGAGAGGGACAAGUGGAGGCUACCAGGGACGAGCUAGAGGGGCCAGCAGCAACUCGAAGCAGCAGCUUACUGCAGAGGGGUUGGACGCACAGUUGGAUGCUUAUAUGGAAAGCAUGGACACUAACUGA